GCCAGCCAGAGGUCAUUUGAAGUUUCCCUGAUAGACAAGGAAUACGUACUGCACGUUAAGGGUUUAGAGAAAAACCAUGAAUCUUAAAUCUUUUCAGAGUUCCAUGGUUGGAGCAAUAAUCAACAAGUAAUUCCCACAAGUUCUGUUUCUGCGUGUAAUCAUGAACGUAAACGGCAAAACUAAAGAUGAAAAUGCCAAAAUUCAGGCUUUCAGUGAAGCUAUCUCAAUGUGUUCCGUAUCAAGCCAUGGCACUCAAAAAAACGAAGCAGAAAGUACAACAAUCCCAUCAGAAGAUAAAACGUUUACCCUGAAAAUUUGUAAAAAUGUGAAGAUACAUAUCUUUAAGCCAUUAAUAUCACUCAAAUUGGCUCUUUUCUUGUGGUUUGGUGCUGGAUCGAUCAUUAGGCCAUUUUUUUCCACCUUUUUGAGACAAAGGGGUAUGACAUUACUGGAAUUCUCUCUUCUUUAUGCAAUUACUCCUGUAGUACAAACUUUAGGACCAAUUCUUUCUGGUAUUGUAGCUGACAAAUUAGGGAAAUCAAAACCAGUUCUUGUGGUAAAUAUAUUGCUGACAAUAGCUGCAGUAGUGUGUCUGCUUCUUGUUCCAAGACUGAAUUCUGAUGAUUGUGUCUCCCAACUGGUAAAACUCAAGUGCCAUCACCAAGAAUUCGACAGACUCGUAGCAAGAUCGUCAUGUGAUAUAACGAUGGACAGCUUAAAGUUAGAUUCUUGCAAUGUCAAUUGUCCAGAAAAUGUCACCGAACAGUGCAAAGACAACGACAAUUUAAUCUGUGAGUUAUUAGCGGGAGAACAUCCCAGUAAUUUUUCCCUAUCGGCAAACGUUGACUUCUUUUAUAAGAGACGAAGCAGAUGUUAUUAUAAUGUAAGUUCGGUUGCUUACAAAAAUAUUUCGCAUUCUUGGUGCAACAUUCCUCACAAAAUGAACUGCAAAAUUAACUGCACUCUAAAUCCCAUAAAAGAUUGUUCUGAUGAAAGAAGCAAUAGAUCUAUACUUCUGGGGGCUUAUUACGUCAUUAUUGUGCUGUUUUAUACGUUUUUUUCGAAUGGUUAUCGCUUCAUGGAUGUUACAUCAAUGGUGCUAUGCAAAGAACAUAAUUCUGAUUUUGGUAGAGAACGUUUUUUCUCAAUAAUGGGCGUUUUAGUAAUUUCUCCAUUUGCUGGUUACAUUGUAGACGCUACAACGGUUGAAGAAGACUCUAGAAAUUAUGAAUCAGCAAUGUAUUUGUUCAUCGCAUUACUAGUUUUGUCAUUGAUAGCUUCCUUCUUUCUCAAAGUCCAAAUAAACCCACCGGGAAAAAGAAUGUUGAAGAAAACUUUAACCAUGGUUAAAAAUCCGGACAUCUCCUCCUUUGCUCUUGUUGUUUUUGUGUUAGGAACUGCAUGGGGUUUUACAAAAAUAUAUUCAUACUUGUUUCUGGAGGAGUUGAAGGCACCAAGCUACUUGAUGGGAUUAAUACCAGCAGCAGAAGGAAUAUACGGUUUGCCUUUCUAUCUGACAUCCAACUGGUGGGUGAAGAAAAUUGGACCUACAAAUAUUUUUAUACUAGGUCUUCUUGGAUAUGUUAUGCUAUCAAUCGGAUAUUCAUUCCUAUAUGAUCCAUGGCUGUCCAUAAUAAUCGAAUCUACUAGUAUUGUGACUUAUCACUUGUUAUGGGUAGCAGUGAUAUUAUAUAGCCAUAGUAUAGCUCCUGAAGGAAUGACAGCGACUGUGAUUGCAACAGCUGGAGGGAUUCAUUUCAGUGUAGGGAAGGGCACCGGUAGUUUGAUAGGAGGGACCAUAAUGAGCGCUUUUGGAGGAAGAAUUGCUUUUCGAGUUAUUGCUAUGAUGUGCCUGAUAUUUGCAGCGAUGUAUGCGAUAUAUUUAUAUAUCAGGCGAAGAUUUUAUAGCUAACGAUUUGUAAGGAAUUCAGAGGAAGACAGAAACCGAAUCUCAUUUGAAGAAAAAACAGUUACAGUUGCAGAAGUUGCUGAUCAUGAAGUCAGCGAAAAUUGCCAGCUUCUAUCAAUAGAAGUUUAAUGUAAACUGCAAUGGAAAGUCUUGGGAAGUUUUACGCGGAAUAAUUUGAAAUGUUUGACUCUUAUAUAACCAAUAGUCAAUAUGUACAUUUUCUACUUCAAGGAUCUCAGCUAUAGGGAAGGGUAGCCCAAAGCGCGUAGGUUAACGAAGAACAUUUAAAAAUUGUAGUUUUCGGAUUUUUAUCGCAACAAUUUUGGUUUUGUUUCCCAGCAGGGUUUUUGAACUUCAAAAUAAAAA